AACAUAUCCAACUUUCAGAGAACAUAUUGAAUCAGAAAAAUUCAACGCUCGCCGGAAAAGUCGCCGGAAAAUCAUCGGGAAAGCCUAUCCUCGACAUAUACUGCGUACACGCAUCAAUGAAUCAUCACUAAGCAGGUGCGUAAUUUUUUUGUAGUUUCGAACAAUUUUUCCGACGAUUUGAAAUGAACAGAUGGUGGGCCGAAAAUUUCCAGCGGCCGGAACCUGGCCGGGCCGAAAAAUCCCGCAAGAUAUUUUCGGCCCGGCCAGGUUCCAGCCAUCGGAAAUUUUCGGCCCGGCCAGGUUCCGGCCGCCGGAAAUUUUCGGCCCGGCCAGGUUCCGGCCACCGGAAAUUUUCGGCCCACAGUUUGUUUUUGCAAUUUUUCGGAAAAAUUCGAUUUUAGGAGUUGAAUUUAGAGUUUAGGAGUUGAAUGUAGAGUUUAGGAGUUGAAUUUAGCGUGUAAGAAUUGAAUUUAGAGUUUAGGAGUUGAAUUUAGCGGUUAAGAAUUGAAAUUAGCGUUUAGGUUCACAGGAAUAUUGAUAUAUUAUAUUGUAAUUGUAGGAAAAAUGUCAGAGUUGUUACCGGCCAAUCAUGAUUACACACAGGAAUUUGAGAAUGGGAUCCAUUAUGCAAGUGUGGAGUUAGCUGAGUUAGCUGCAAGAACAAUCGCUCAGCAGUGUGGGUUCUUUAUUGUUAGAGGAGCAUGGAAACCGAAUACUGUUGGACAGAAUCCUGUUACUGCCCUCUGUAUGUAUUGCGACAGAAGUAGUAGGAUCGUUAAGUCUUAUAAACCAGACCCUACGAAGGAGACGCGUGGGAAUAUUAGUUCGAAGGGUACUGGUUGCCAGUUUCAGAUAUGUAUAAAGGAAGUACGGCAAAAGGAUGGUCCAAACACAUGGGUCAUGGUGGGAGUGACAAGUCGUGAAACCGGAGCUAAUAGAGGGUUUCACAACCAUGAAAAGGUGUUGUAUCCAGAACAUCACCGACACAACAAACAGUUUAGUGAGGCUGAAAAAGAGAGGUUAAGAUUAAUGAGGAAGGCGGGGGUGAGACCAAAUCAGCAGAAGACGACACUCAAUACUGAAGGGGGUGUGCAUCAUGAUAUCAAACAGAUGUACAACAUAAAUUCCAAGACAAGAUUGGAUGAGAUGGGUGAAAUGGAUGCGAUACAGUUUGCGCUUCACGGAGCAGAACAUCGUGGGUACCAUAUCUGUUUGCAAAAGGACUCUAAUAAUGUGCUCACUAAUCUGUUUUUUGCGCACCCGACGUCCAUUCAAAUGUUGCAUGCAUGGCCGUACGUCAUCCUCAUUGACUCGACCUACAAGACCAACAGGUACGGCUGGCCAUGGGUUGAGAUUAUUGGGGUUACUCCAGUGAAGAAGAAUUUCAACAUUGCAUGUGCAAUUAUUAAGCAGGAAACAAAGGAAACAUAUGAGUGGCUGCUGCGAUGUAUUAAAGGGUUGCUCGGUGAUACGGUUCCGAAUGUCAUUGUGACAGACAAAGAAGGUGGUUUGCUUGCUUCUAUUCCUGUGGUCUUCCCUCUCCCACAUACUGUCCACCUACUAUGUUUAUGGCACGUCAACAAUUGUGUGAAGCAAAAGUUUGAAGUGUUACUUGGUGGAAUUGCAAAAAGAGAGGUAGCACAUGCGGUAUGGAAGAAAUAUUUCGACAAAGCUGCAUGGAGUUGGACUCAGGAGGGUUUUCUUCAAAAGAUUAAUGAGUUUGAGAGGGUCUGGACAGUGAAGAACAAAAAAAUGGUCGACUACGUGCGAGGUGAGUGGUUGCCUCAUCAGACAAUGUGGGCAAUGUGCUACACGAACCAUGUGUUUCAUCUUGGUAACACGAGCUCGAAUAGAGUUGAGUCAUCUCACUCUUCAUUCAAGACUUUCCUUGUGUCUGGUAGAGGAGCGAUCGACACUUGUUUUGCGAAGAACCACAACUACAUGGAACAUCAGUUUCUGGAAGUGGUGAAUGAACUGCACAAGUCACUGAACCGCAAUCUGAGUAGGGCAAUUGAGGCUCUGUGCACGUUUUUGAGGAGGGUCGUUAGUUCUGAGGCAAUCAAACUGAUGUUAGAUGGGGCGGCGGAGUUGAAGGACAGUUGUGCGUGUCAUUUUCAGAUGACACAUGGGCUCAAGUGUGCUUGCCAGAUUGUUCAAGCUAAGGAAGAAGGACGUCAAUUCUAUGCUCAAGAGUUGCAUGUAUUUUCGCGGACUUUGGAUUAUAAAAACCCCCCACGUCAACAACAAGUCAGUGAUGAAAUUGAGCUUCAACGAGAACACUUUAGGCGUCUUACUGUUGAGGUGGAAGAAAGAGGUCCUGAAGCAGUGAGACAAGCAAGAGAUGCCCUAUUCUAUGGGCUUCAUCCAGCAGUGAAUGAGAAUCCGAGAGGACGGCCUCGAACAAGCACCAGUCGCAUUCGUUCAUAUUAUGAGCGAUCUCGUUCGAGGAGUACUGGGCCUGGUUCGAGUGGAGGUAGGGGGCGAUCGAGUGGAGGCAGAUCCCGAUCGAGUGGAGGCAGAUCUCGAUCGAGUGGAGGCAGAUCCCGAUCGUGUGGAGUCAGAUCCCGAUCGAGUGGAGGUGAAUCCGACGAGCAUGAUACAGGUGAGUAAUUGGUUUAAUAUCUAGUAGUAAUUGGUUUAUGUUUGUAAAUUUUUUCCAUGUAAUUUUGACCGUUUGGUAUAUUUUUUAGAUUACUCAUCCCAGAGCCCCCCAGGGCAAUAUUCUUACCCUUACAUCGAUGAGCUUUUUCCAGAGUUUAUUCGACCUUUGCUGGUAGGCGAUUUCAACCCUAGUCCAGACGGCCAUUGUGGUUUUAGGGCACUUUCUCAUUGUAUUUAUGGGGAUGAUAGUCACUAUCUGCUCAUGAGAUCGACGAUUGUCCAAGAAAUCCAACAACAUUUUUGGAAGUACGAGAACUUGUAUAAUGGUGGUCCACUAGCUCACAUUGACCGCAUCAAUUGGCUCGAGGCGGGUCACGCACCACCGGGGCGAUGGAUGGAUUCUGAGGACUUGUUCGUGUUUGCCACCAUCUACAACAUCGCAGUCAUGGUCUUCACAUUCCAGGUGUUUGAUGUCAAUAAUGGAAACCGUCCACU